UCCAACCAACACCAAACAGGUUGGCAGCACCACAGCAGUCAGCUGAUUGGGUUCGUUGGAAAUCUAGCUUUAUAUUAAUUAAUUAUAAUAAUAGUUAUGCGAGUGGCGUGGCCGCAAUCAAAGCGAGCGAUACAGUGAUCAAUGUCACAUUAUUUUGCUGCUCUCAAUAAAUUUUCAUGUAACGUGAUCUACACCCAGUGGAAGCAGACAAUCAGUAACCACAACUCGGCGAAAACUUGGAAGACGUUUAAGCGCGACCACAAAACGACCAGCAAGCGCCAGAGUAACCAAAUGCUGAACCAACUUCCUCUUUAUGCCAGCGGCGAGAUUGUGAGGGGAUUUGGCCGAGGCUCCAAAGAGCUCGGCAUUCCAACAGCCAACUUUCCGCUGGAGGUGGUAAAGUCCUUACCCGAAUCCCUGCUCACAGGCGUCUACUACGGGUGGGCGAAUGUGGACAGCGGACCCGUGCACAAAAUGGUUCUCAGCGUCGGCUGGAAUCCAUUCUACAACAACACAGAAAAGAGCGUGGAGACGCAUAUGCUGCAUGAAUUCAACUGCGAUCUGUAUGGCCAGUUACUUAAGAUCUGCAUAGUUGGCUAUCUGCGACCUGAAAAAAGCUUUGACUCCCUGGAGGCACUUAUAACUGCCAUUAAGGCGGACAUUGAGCAUGCCAAAGCGCACCUGGAAUCGCCAGAAAAUAAGAAGCUACAAGAGGCUACUUUCUUUGCCAAAAAUCCUAACGGAUCUGAAUGUAAAUAGUUAUUCCAGAAUGUAUCCUAUCAUUUAAUUAGCACUAUGUACAUAAGAGAGUUCGAAUAUCGCUUCAAGGUACUUAAGUUGGGUGUUGAAUUGAAAUUAAUCAUGACAAGAAAAUAUAUAUGUACAUAUGUACA